AGUGAGUUCUGAGUGUGGUGUCGACUGGAAUGUAAAGACAGACAGGGAGAGGAGGGCGGGGACCCAGAAGAAGGAGGCACUUGGAACUGGGGAAGUGUUGGAUGGCGGUGGGGGUUAGCGUGGGAGGAAGGGAGACUAGCUGUCUGAGCAACACACAGGACUAAAGAAAGAAAGGUGAGAGGAAAGGGGAACUGGAAGGGAAGGCCAGUAGGAGGAAGCCGGGAGAAGAGGCUGGGAAAAGAAAAACAGACUGGAGAAGGCAGGAGAGACAGAGAGAAGGAACUAGGAGAUGAGGGUCACCGAGUCACCCGGGAAGAUGGGGUUUCAGGAAUCCAGAGACUUCUGAGACUAUUACUCCUCCGGAGAGUCCGGCUCCCUCGGCUAGUUGGACAGCGACAAAGUGAAAUGGACAGUGUGAGACAGAUAUUGUAGCCAUCUCUCCAGCACCCAGAGAUUUGGAAGCUGCUUUCAGCUCAACUACAGUUUCCUGGCUGGAGCCUCUGAGUGCUCAGGACCCGCGGGAGCCAAGCAAGAGAGCGCCGGGAGUGCUCCUCUCAGAUGCCUUCGCCAGAGCAAGUAAGAACUUCCAGCUCCAGUCUCUGGAUCCCCUUCCUCUGAAACUCCCCAGAAAAGAAGGAAGACCCUAGGGGGAGGGGCGAGGGAGAUCCCCUUGCAAUUCUUUUCCCCUCCCUUCCCCCACUCCAGCGGGAGUGCAGGCAGGCAUGGAUGUGUUCAAUCUUGGCCAGGGCAACAACAACACCACAACUUCCCAGGAGCCCUCAGGGACAGGCGGCAAUGAUACUGGCCUCUCCGACGUGACCUUCAGCUACCAAGUUGUCACCUCUCUGUUGCUGGGUAUGCUCAUUUUCUGCGCAGUGCUUGGCAAUGCCUGCGUGGUUGCUGCCAUCGCCCUGGAGCGCUCCCUCCAGAAUGUGGCCAACUAUCUCAUCGGUUCCUUGGCGGUCACCGAUCUCAUGGUGUCAGUGUUAGUGCUGCCCAUGGCUGCUCUGUACCAGGUGCUCAACAAGUGGACACUGGGCCAGGUCACAUGCGACCUGUUUAUCGCCCUGGAUGUGCUGUGCUGCACCUCGUCCAUCCUGCACCUGUGUGCCAUCGCGCUAGACAGGUACUGGGCGAUCACCGACCCUAUAGACUACGUGAACAAGAGGACGCCCCGGCGCGCCGCUGCGCUGAUCUCGCUCACUUGGCUCAUUGGCUUUCUCAUCUCCAUCCCGCCCAUGUUGGGUUGGCGCACCCCGGAAGACCGCUCGGAUCCCAACAAGUGCAAAAUCAGCAAGGACCACGGCUACACCAUCUACUCCACUUUCGGCGCUUUCUAUAUCCCGCUGUUGCUCAUGCUGGUCCUCUACGGGCGCAUCUUCAGAGCCGCGCGCUUCCGAAUCCGCAAGACUGUCAAGAAGGUGGAAAAGAAGGGAGAGGGCACUAGCUUCGGAACAUCGUCGGCCCCGCCCCCCAAGAAGAGCCUGAAUGGACAGCCAGGUAGUGGGGACUGCAGGCGCAGUGCUGAGAACAGGGCGGUGGGGACUCCGUGCGCUAAUGGGGCGGUGAGACAGGGUGACGACGAUGCCACCUUGGAGGUGAUCGAGGUGCACCGAGUAGGCAACUCCAAAGGGCACCUUCCUCUGCCCAGCGAGUCAGGAGCUACUUCCUAUGCCCCCACCUGCUUGGAGAGAAAAAAUGAGCGCAAUGCUGAGGCAAAGCGCAAGAUGGCCUUGGCCCGUGAGAGGAAGACAGUGAAGACCCUAGGCAUCAUCAUGGGCACCUUCAUCCUCUGCUGGCUGCCGUUUUUCAUUGUGGCCCUGGUCCUGCCUUUCUGUGAGAGCAGUUGCCACAUGCCCGAGUUGUUGGGUGCCAUAAUUAACUGGCUAGGCUACUCCAACUCCCUGCUCAACCCAGUUAUUUAUGCUUAUUUCAACAAAGACUUUCAAAACGCUUUUAAGAAGAUCAUCAAGUGCAAGUUCUGCCGCCCAUGA